AUGCAAAGAAGCCGAGACAAGAAGCAGAAGAAGUUCCAAAGCAGUUGCUCACAGGCAUUCUGCGGCACUUGCAGGCUCAGCGUGUCUUCUUCUUCCCCCGAAGAAGCCGAAGCCGAAGCCGCAACGGAUGAAGCUCAGACAGUUUCCAGCAUAGCACACGCCAUGGUACAAGUGAGGCUUGAUCAGAUGAUCAGAGAGAGACGUAGACGGGCAGCAACACACGAGCAAGAGACGAAGCUCGUUGUGAUAGUGGCGAUGGAGAAGUCCUCUUAUGAUCCUAGAGAGGAUUUCAGAGACUCCAUGGAGCAGAUAAUUGUGGCAAACAGGAUUCAUGAAACAAAGGAUCUGCGUAGGCUCUUGAAUUAUUACGUGUCCAUGAACUCGGAGGAGUUUAGAGGGACUAUACUCGAGGUGUUUCAUCAAGUCUGCACUGAUUUAUUUGUACAUUUUUAA